AUGGAAGAAAAUGAUGAACCUGAACAGCCCAUCUCCUUAGGGAGGAAGGAAAUUCGAAAGAGAAGGCGACCUAGCCAACCAAUGGUAGACAAAUCCCAGCAGACCGAGGCCACAGAGAAAAAGAAACACAUGGCCAUACCACAGUCAUCUGUCCCCAAAGCAACCCUCAGUAUUGGUAAUAUUCCUGGAAGUAAAGGCAACUACUCUGCCAAAGAAUAUGAGUCUCUUAGAGUGUCUUCUCAACUUCAGCAAACAUGGGUGAAGAGAAAGCAUGACCAGAAAAUGUCUGAUAAAUCUCUGCAGACGGAAACUCCUGAAGAAGAGCAAAAGGAAAUCAUGUUUAUUGGCAAAACAGUGACACCUGAAGAAAAGGCAGCGGCUGUUGGAGAAGCAUCCCCUGAAUUUCCAGAAAGUGUUCAGGAGGUGGAGAUUCCAUCAGAUAGGCAUGCCACACACUUAAUAGACAGGUCUCAGCAGACCAGUUGUACUGGAGACUGGACUAUGAUGAACAUCUUCAAAGAAAAAGUGGACAAGGAACAACAGACAUACUUCAGUGACUCAGACAUGGUCUUUGUGUCUAGACCAACUAGUUCCUUUACAAAGUCAAAGGAAGGUGUUCAGAAACAGAAAUCCUCAGGAAAUAUUUUGGUGAGUGAAUAUCCUGAAAUUCAGCCAACAACAAGUAGCCACAAAGAAAUUAGGCAGAAAAGCAUCAGCACUGUUGCACUGACUCAGGAAACCAAAGAUGAUAGUCCAGUACUUGUAGGAAAAGAUGGUUCAAGGCAAGAGGGAGCUAUGCCACUUAGAGAAGAGGGUUUCUAUUCUGAAGAAGAAACAGUACCAACUGAAAAAGCCUUUGCUGAUACACAGCCUCCUACAGAAGAGAUCCUUGCAGAAGCCCAGCCUCUACCAGCUGAAGCAGAGCCUAGCCUUGCUGAGGUGACUGCUCUCCAAGAACAGCUUCCCACUGAAGAGACCCCUACUGCUGAGACAGCCCCUGCUGCUGAGGAGGCCUCUGUUGAAAUACAGUCCAUGAAAGCCCAAGAGCCUUUCUCAGUAGAGCCUCCUAUUGAAAUUCAUCCUCCACCAUUAGAAGAGCCUCUUUCAGAAGAGCCCUCUGAUCAACCAGAACCCCAAGUAGCUGAAGUGGCUCCUUCAGGAGAACUUCCUGCUGAAAUUGAGGUUCCAUUAGCAGACAAGGUACCUGUGGAACUUCAACCUUCAGCAAUGGAGGGUGUCCUUGAAGAAGCCCCUGCUGAAAUACAGCCCACCACAGUUGAAGAAACCACUAAUGAACUUCAGCCUCCACCACCCCAGGAGGCUCCUGAAGAAGCCCCUGCUGAAGUUCAGUUUCCAAUAGCUGAUGAAAAUCUUGCAGAACAAUCUGCUUCUGAGGAGACGCCUAUAGAAGAGACCAUGACUGAAUUUCAAUCCCCACCAGCAGGGGAGAACCCUGAAGGAGAGCCCCCUGUUGAAGGUGAACCCCCACCAGCUGAAGAGACUCCUGCAGGACAGCCCCCUGCUGAACUUGAACCCCUACCAGCUGAGGAGACCCCUGCAGGAGAGCCCCCUGCUGAAGCUGAACCCCCACCAGCUGAGGAGACCCCUGCAGGACAGCCCCCUGCUGAAGCUGAAUCCCCACCCCCUGAGAAGGCCCCUGAAGUAGAGUUUCUUCCAAUUGAAAAAGUCAUAGAAGAGACCCCUGGAGAACUUGGACUAGCUGAGAAGGACCCUGUAGGACAGAACUCUGCAGAAGUUCAGUCUCCAACAGUUGAGGGAGGUCUUAUAGAAGAAAACCCAGCUGCAGUCCAGUUUGUACCAGCCUCUGGAGAAGAGGUCUCUGAUGAAGUUCAGCCACCAUCAGCUGAAGUCUUGAUGGAAGAGUCCCCUACAGGCAAAGAGCCUUUAAAAACUGAAGAGCUCCGUGUACAAGAGAUGCCUCCUGAAGUUUUGUCCCCACUGUCUGAAAAAAGACCUGCAGAUGAGGCUUUAGUGUCCAAAGAACUUUAG